AUGUUCUUCAAAUUACUAACAUUAACUUUAAAAACAAAUUCUCAUAAAAAUAUAAAUGUAUACAAAAGUACUUGGAAAAAUUAUGUUACGGAAGCUACUUUUAAAACUAAACCUUUCCGACUUCAUAAACUCGAAAAUGGUCCCUUAACAGAAGUGAAACUAUCCAAAGCAGAUGCACUUAAAUACUACAAACAAUUACACACUAUUCGUCGAAUGGAGACUGCCGCAGGAAAUUUAUAUAAAGAAAAAUUUGUUAGAGGAUUUUGUCACCUAUACUCUGGACAGGAAGCUUGUGCAGUUGGUUUAGUAGCUGCUCUUCGUCCUCAAGACUCUGUUAUUACUGCUUAUAGAGCUCAUGGCUGGACUUAUUUAAUGGGGGUUUCACCACUUGGCGUUCUUGCAGAAUUAACAGGACGUCAAAGUGGUAAUGCUCGUGGAAAAGGUGGUUCUAUGCAUAUGUAUGCAAAAAAUUUUUAUGGAGGUAAUGGAAUUGUAGGAGCCCAGGUACCAUUAGGUGCAGGAAUUGCAUUUGCUCAUAAAUAUCAAAAUAAUGGUGGAGUAUGUCUUGCUCUGUAUGGAGAUGGUGCUGCGAAUCAAGGUCAAAUAUUUGAAACUUAUAAUAUGACCAAAUUAUGGAAUGUACCUUGUAUAUUUAUAUGUGAAAAUAAUGGAUAUGGAAUGGGUACUAGCGUAGAUCGAGCUUCAGCAAAUACAGAAUAUUACACACGAGGAGACUUUAUUCCUGGAAUUUGGGUUGAUGGAAUGGAUAUUUUAGCAGUUAGAGAAGCAACAAAAUUCGCUAUAAAUUACUGUACAUCUGGAAAAGGACCUUUAGUAAUGGAGACUUUUACUUAUAGAUAUAGUGGACAUAGUAUGUCUGACCCUGGCACAAGCUAUCGAACACGAGAAGAAAUUCAAGAAGUUCGACAAACUAGAGAUCCAUUAACAAGUUUUAAAGAAAGAAUAUUACAUGCUAAUUUGGUUACAAACGAUGAACUAAAAAAAAUGGAGAAUGAUAUUCGGAAAGAAGUAGAUGAUGCUAUAAAAAGUGCAAAAUCAGAUAAAGAAGUUCCGAUUUCUGAACUUACUACUGACAUUUAUGCAAAUAAUUUAGAAAAAAUUAUUAGAAAUACUACACCAUUUAAACCAUUGAUACAUUCUAGCAUUAGUUCUACAGUUUAUAAUUAACAAUAUUUUACAUUACAUUAAACAUUUCUUUAAAU